GAGUCCCCGCCCCGCCACUUCCGGUCUCGCCGCCCGGAGCCGGUGCGGCUGUGAGGGGCUGCGUUUCGCCGCCGCCGGCCGGCCGGGCAUGGUGUUGGGUGCCGGGCCCGCCUCGCCUGUCUCGGGGUGCCCAGGAUAAAGGUAGCAGUGAUGCUGACGCUGGCAAGCAAACUGAAGCGGGAUGACGGUCUCAAAGGGUCCCGGGCGUCAGCCACAGCCUCUGACUCCACUCGGCGGGUUUCUGUGAGAGACAGGCUGCUUGUCAAAGAGGUUGCAGAACUUGAAGCUAAUUUACCUUGUACGUGUAAAGUGUAUUUUCCUGAUCCAAACAAGCUUCAUUGCUUUCAGCUAACUGUCACCCCAGAUGAGGGUUACUACCAGGGUGGAAAAUUUCAGUUUGAAACUGAAGUUCCUGAUGCGUACAACAUGGUGCCUCCUAAAGUGAAAUGCUUGACCAGGAUCUGGCACCCCAAUAUCACAGAGACAGGCGAGAUAUGUCUCAGUUUACUGAGAGAACAUUCGAUUGAUGGCACCGGCUGGGCCCCCACGAGGACACUGAAGGAUGUUGUUUGGGGAUUAAACUCUUUGUUUACUGAUCUUUUGAAUUUUGAUGACCCACUGAAUAUUGAAGCUGCAGAACAUCAUUUGCGGGACAAGGAGGACUUCCGGAAUAAAGUUGAAGACUACAUUAAGCGCUACGCCAGAUGACAGGAGGAGAGGGCUGCGGGGCCGUGGACCGUGCGUUACCAGUUUGUCUCCAGCUGAAACGAGAAGGGAGUCUCCUCCCGUCCUCGGCUCCCCU